CGUCAGUUGCGCUGUUGCAGAGCGGAUUUUCAGACAGGACCGGCGGAGGAAAAAACCGGGAGGAGAAGGAAGAGAGCGAGAGAGAGCGAGAGAGAGAGAGAGAGAAAAGCGAAUGGGGGAGAGGAAGAGGAGAAUGUGACAACUGCUGGAUGCGGACAGAGUGUGUGCGGCUGGCUACACUGCCUUUGGGGAGGCCUCGGCUCUUGCACCUGUCCCUCUCCGUCUCCGCGGCCAGGCGCAGUUUUGGGCGAGAGCGACGCUUUAUUUAUCAGGCAGGCAGGGCGCACAGCGGCGGAGGCGCUCACACACACACACACACACACACACACACACACACACACACACACACACACACACACUCACUCACUCACAUACACACACUCACACACGCGAUACUGUACGCGCAUACACAUACACAGGGCAGGCAGGCAACAUGACUUCAUCCUACAAUCUGGAUUUUCUGCCCGAUAUGAUGGUGGAGAGCCGCCUGCUUGUUCCCGGAGACAGAAUCAACGGCACGGCCGGGAAGAUGAACGGGGCGCUGGAGCAUUCGGAUCAGCCAGACCCGGACGCCAUCAAGAUGUUUGUGGGCCAGAUCCCGCGCUCCUGGUCGGAGAAGGAGCUGAAGGAGCUGUUCGAGCCGUACGGAGCCGUCUACCAGAUCAACAUCCUCCGAGAUCGCAGCCAGAACCCUCCACAGAGCAAAGGCUGCUGUUUUGUCACGUUUUAUACAAGGAAAGCUGCCCUUGAAGCCCAGAAUGCACUGCAUAACAUAAAGACCUUAACAGGGAUGCAUCACCCAAUUCAGAUGAAACCUGCAGACAGUGAGAAAUCUAACGCGGUGGAAGACAGGAAGUUGUUUAUCGGCAUGGUGUCGAAGAAGUGCAACGAGAACGACAUCCGGGUCAUGUUCUCCGCGUUCGGACAGAUCGAGGAGUGCCGGAUCCUCCGAGGGCCCGACGGCCUCAGCAGAGGAUGUGCGUUUGUCACGUUUUCCACCAGAGCUAUGGCACAGAAUGCAAUCAAAGCCAUGCACCAGUCUCAGACUAUGGAGGGCUGCUCGUCUCCCAUCGUGGUGAAGUUCGCCGACACGCAGAAGGACAAGGAGCAGCGGCGUCUGCAGCAGCAGCUGGCGCAGCAGAUGCAGCAGCUCAACAGUGCGACCACCUGGGGGAGCCUGACCGGCCUGGGCGGCCUCACCCCACAGUAUCUGGCUGUAAGGAGAGCCGCCGCGUCGCCCACCUCCACCAUCACCUCCACCCCUUACUGCAGCCCCAUGGCCAACGCCGCCGCAUUGCUUCAGCAGGCAACCUCCUCCGGUAACCUAGGAGCCUUCAGCGGGAUCCAGCAGAUGGCCGGUAUGAGUGCUCUGCAGUUGCAGAACCUGGCCACUUUAGCGGCGGCAGCGGCGGCGGCCCAAAACUCAGCCAGCCCCUCCACCGCAAACCCCCUGUCCUCCAACGCCGCCUCCCUGGGAGCGUUGGCCAGCCCAGCAGCGGGCACCACAGCCAGCUCCAACGCCGGCGCCAUGAACUCUCUGACCUCUCUGGGCACCCUGCAGGGCCUGGCAGGCGCAACUGUGGGCCUGAACAACAUUAAUGCACUAGCAGGUAGCGUCAACAUUGCUCAAAUGCUCUCAGGUAUGGCGGCUCUAAACGGAGGCCUGGGCGGCGCAGGGCUUACCAACGGCACGGCGGGCACCAUGGACGCGCUGACGCAGGCUUACUCAGGGAUCCAGCAGUACGCCGCCGCAGCGCUGCCCACCCUCUACAGCCAGUCCCUGCUGCAGCAGCAAGGGGCCGCCGGCAGCCAGAAAGAGGGUCCCGAAGGUGCCAACCUGUUCAUCUACCACCUGCCCCAGGAGUUUGGAGACCAGGACAUACUCCAGAUGUUCAUGCCUUUCGGAAACGUGGUCUCUGCCAAAGUCUUCAUCGACAAACAGACAAACCUUAGCAAGUGCUUCGGCUUCGUCAGCUACGACAAUCCAGUGUCGGCGCAGGCAGCCAUCCAGGCCAUGAACGGCUUCCAGAUCGGCAUGAAGCGGCUGAAGGUGCAGCUGAAGCGCUCCAAGAACGACAGCAAACCGUACUGAUCUUAGCACUAGGGUCUAUCUGCUCCCCAUGUUAGCACUGCUAGGGUAAGUCCCCCCACAAAAAAAUGAAAAUGACAAAAAGAAAAAAAAACAACAAAAAAAAACAGCAAACCGAGCCACGACCUCUCUACACAGGGACUGGGGGGUGGGGGGGUUGAAGGGAGGGAAGGGAGGGAGGGGGAGACGACCUACAACCACCCUGAGGGAGACACACACGCCUUGUUUUUUUGUUUUUGUUUUUUUUUUUUUUCUUGUUUUUCUUGCUUUUUUGAAGAUUUUUAUGUUAGCUUUCAAGUAUUAUUAUUUAUUACAAUUUUAUUUUUGUGACACACAUGAACGCUUCCAUUACCGUCAUUACUUUGUGCAAUUUUUUUUGUUUUUUGUUUUUGUUUUUUUUUUUUUACAAUGGAAGGAAGUAGCUAUCUUGGGUAGCUUUUUUAAAAACAAAAAAGUCUGUUUAAGAGUUAUUUAAUUUUUUUUCUUUGUCAGUGAUUAUUUAUACAUUUUUAAGGACUAGUUACAGCCAGAACCGAGGUACAGACAAAGGAGCCAUGAUGAUUUUUUAAAAUUUUUUUCCUCUCUCUCUCGAUGUGAACCUGAGGCCUGGCGAAGGGUUCCUCUGUUUUUUUAUUUUUCUCUUUUUUUUUUUUUUUUUUUUGACGCGCACGCCAAUAUGCACAUUCGACCUUUGACCUCCGCGGUGUUGGUUGCAGGCCGCCGCUGCUUCUCCAAAAAAAAAAAAAAAAACCCUCUAUCGCCUGCUGGCAACCCGGGAGCAAAGGCUGCAAAAAUGUUAGUGGCCUCUUUACAGUAUAGUCAGUGGCAACAUCAGCCUGCCAUACAGUUACACUCCACCACCACAAGACGAAAGAAAACACACACACACACACACACACGCACGCACACACACACACACACACUCCAGCUAUGUCUUAUUAUUUAUGUGAAAAUAAAAAAAACAGUUUUUUAUUUCUCAGAAGAUGAAGAAAAUUAGUAACUACUUUUUCUGGGUCAGAUCACAUUGGUCUUUGUUGUGAAAUGGAUAUUACAGCAUGUAGAACAUUUUCAAAAUAACAUCCAGAAUUUGAUGAAGGCUAUAAUAAUAAUACUACUAAUAAAAGAGUUUAUGGGUUAAGGGGGUAACUGAAAAUACUUGAUGUUUGUUGAAAGAUUUAAAAAAAAAAAGAAUAAUUCAAAGUACAGAAAGCCACAGGCCUGUAAAUUUUAUUUGUAAAAAAAGCAGUUCUAUUUUUAUACAACAUUUUUACUGCCUCAGAUGAAAAAAAAAAAAGGAUUUUAUUUAUUGCCUAUCGUUAAGUUAUUGGACUCCUAUAAAGUAUACAGCAUCAUUAAAGUAGACCCUUGUGGAGAAGUCUCGUGGAAUUGGGUUCUCCGGUGUUUUUCAUGUUUUUUCAGUGCAGAAAACCACAAUCACAAAACACUCCGCUGCCAUUUGAACCGCACACACCUCCACCUCCACCACCGUCCACCUUCCCUGUGUCAUUUCACACACACACGCCUCUCUGUGCUGCCCAUCCAUCCAUCCAUCAUCCAUCCAUCUCUCUCUCUCUUUUUACCACUCUCUCCCUCUCUCCAUCCGUAGUGGGACUACUUCUUCACUUGACCAAUUUCUACCUUUUUCUUCGCGUUUUUUAUUCUUUUUCUUUUGAUUUGAUUUUCGUUUUCUUUUUUGUUUUUGAGUGUUUCCGUUUUUUGUUUGUUCGUAGCCCCCCCACACCCCCACCCCCCCACCCCCCCUUACCCCCACCCUUACAAAGAUUUAAGAAGUUUUAAAAAUAGAAAGAAAUGAAAAAGACCCACCCCACCCCCCCACCCCUCCCAAAAAAUGACAACUAUUUUCUCCCAAAUGACAAAAUCCAUCUGGGAUCUGAUGGAUAAAGCUUUGGGUGCUCUCUGUUUUUUGUGUAUAUGUGUAUGAAUGAACGAAUGAAUGUGUGUGUGUGUGUGUGUGUGUGUGUGUGUGUGUGUGUGUUGUUGCCUGUUGGUAUAGACAUAUAACAUUAAUAUCAUUUUCUAUUACAAAAAAAAAAAAAACGACAAAAUCAAAGCUAAAAAAUUGCCAAUGAAAUCAGUGAGUGGUGUUGCUGUUCUGCCAGUUUGCAUUGUUGUUGUUGUUUGUUUGUUGUUGUUUGUUGUUGUUGUUGUUGUUGUUGUUUCUCCUGAUUUUAUAAAAUGCUGUAGUGGUGUGGUGCUCUGGCUCUCUGUGUGUAACUCUCUCCUCUCCCCUGUUUUUUCUUUCCCCCUUUUAGAACAACCCAUCUCCAUGCCUGUUAGCUCAUCGUUUGCCUAGCAUGUCUCCGUGGCGUCCAAAAAAAAAAAAAACUUUAAACACAAACAAAACAAAAAAAAAAAAUCCCCACCAAAAAAAAAAAAAAGUGUCAUCGUCCUCCUCCUCCCCCGUCAUUGUUUUUUCUGAUGUCUUUUCCGAGCUCACCUGAUCAUAACCUGGUUCUCCUCCUCCUCCUCCGCCGCCUACUGACCUUUUGAACUUUGAACUUUUAGCUUUUUUGGACUUUGAUUUUUAUGAUUAUUUUUUUUCUUUUUGUUUUUGUUUUUUGUUUUUUGUUUUUGUUUUUUGUUUUUUUGCAUGUGACCUCAUUUGGAUCUGUUUUCUGGGAGGGGCUUCAGGGAGGGAGGCGAUAAGGGAGGGGUGGGAAAGAAAAUGAAUCAAUGUGAAAAAGAUAUAAAGCUGCAUUCAUAUGAAAAAAUAACAAAAAAAGACUGAGAUUUUUAUGGAAAAACAAAAUGUUCUUUUUGGAGAAAAAAAACAAACAACAACCUGUGGCAAAGUGACUUCCAUUCAGUAUGUUUUCUUGCAUUAUUUUUUUUGUUUUUGUUUCUUUUUCUUCUUCUUUAUGUCAGUUUUUUUUUUUUCUUCUUCUUCAUUUAAAGUAAACUUGAAAGUUCACUACAGGAAUUGGCGCGUCAUCUUGCUUCUGGUGCCGAAACAGAGCGCGGGCCAGAAGCAGUCCGCGCCAGUUUCUCUGAAAUAUAAGACUACUUCCAAACAGUUUUGAAAAAAACUGUCUGAUCAAUAUUAGACUCUCUCAGAGCUCUCUAAUGGUUUUUACAUUUUUCAGGCAGUGUAAAGUUUUUUGAUAAGGCCAUUUUAAGUGGCUCUGUUUCUCAUUCAAAGUCUAUAUAUAGAACCACUUUUUUCUAGAGUAGUUUAAAGGUAAAAAUAAAAAAAGACAUUUGCCCUGUUUGGGGGGGAGAAAUGCUACCUACUUGUGUCACCUUUUGCUGAACUGACUCACAGAUAGACAAUCCGUGGUUUAAAUGCACAUGAUGAAAUGACCUAUAUUUUCUACUGUUUAAAUGUAUAGAGGAAAAAAAAAAAUACUAAGAUACCUGUAACCCGCGUUAACGUCGGUGCUUCUCGUGAGUUUAGUUGUGGUUUCAUCACAAGUCUAACGGUCUUAAAUGUCUCAUGUUUUUCAAGAGAAGACUAAAAAAUCAGUUUACUUGAACAAUAGACAAAGCCUUUCAUAUUACUAUAAUAGUUACUUUUUUUCUUUUAUUUUCUUCUUUUUUUAAGGAGUCCCUAUUUGCUAAAUUUCUUGUUGGUUAAUUAGCUAUAUAAAAUUCCUAAAAUAUAUAUAAAUAUAAAUAUAUCUAUAUAUAUAUAAUGUCAGCUUGUGAAGCAUCAAUGUCAUUAUUAUUUUAUUUCUCUCGUGGGAAACAAUAUUUAGAUGUGUUUUGUUGUUCAGCAAAAUGUCUUAUAAAGAAAAAAAGACAAGAUCAGUGGAGUUUAGUGCCAAAUUCUGAAGGUACUUCCUGCCUAGCGCGUCAGUGUAUUUCUUGUGAAAUUAUUUGAUAACAUGGGUAUUUUAUUAUAAGUGUUUUGUAUGGAUCCCUCAUAUUUAAAAUAUAGAUUUAAAAAAGAGUUUGUUAACUUGCUAUUCUGUGGUCUUGUUGCCUGAAAAUGUCAUGUUUGCUUUUUUUCUUUGUAAAGAUGUAAAAAAAAAAGUGCCCAUGUGUCAUAUAUAUAUCUAUAUACACGCACACACGGACACACACACACACACACACACACAAACACACACACACUCUCUCGUGCAGACCUCACAGUUUACUUUGUUGUUGUGCAUGAGAGCCCCUGAGUGUGAAAGCCUCUACAGCAAACCGCUACAGCCCGCCAGCGUGCACACACACACACACACACACACACACACACACACACACUUUAAAAACACACACACACACACACACACAAGAAUCACGCACUGAUAUUUUUAGCCAUUGUAAAACCGUUUAAUUCAUCAAAGCCUUACCACAAAUCUUUGCACUCCUGUUCUCUCUCUAUUAGUAUCUCGCACACACAGACACAAACACAGACAUCAGGCUUCAGUAUAUAUCGUUCUGAUUGUUUUUCUCGCACGCUGUCCCGCGCCUCCGCCGCAAAAAAUAAAAAUUGAGGUGAGAGUCAUACGCGAAGCCUUAUUUUUCUCCAAAUCCUCUUAUCCCUUUUGUUAGGUUCAAAACGUUUCUGAGUUGUAGCCGGCGCCAUUUGUCUCAGACGGCGAGGAUCAUUACUUUUGUGUAUCACCUCAGACGAGCACGCUUGCUUUCAUGAUGUAAGCACAGGGCAAGACUCGCUCAUUCACAAACAAGCCUCGGUCUUUUGAGGAAAAAGCACAUGCCGCCGCCGCCGAGUAGUCAAAACGCGGGAGGCGGGACGGUCCGGAACAAGUUUUUUACUCGUUUGAUUUCGUCGCUCAACUUCUCCUUCGACAAACGUGUCCUCUGACGUUUUGUUUUUUUUAUAAGUGGUUGUAAGACUUCUCCAUACGUAAGUCUUGUGGUGUAAUGGGCCAAAAUCAUGUUUAGAUGCCAAAGUGUGUUAUUGACAUUCUCAUAGUCAAGCCGUUUACAUGGCACAGUGUUGUCAGUCUAUUCAACUGCCCCUUUUCCCCUCCCUGAAAGCCUAGUUUACGGUCUGCAAAAAACAAAAAAGAAUAAAAAUAAAAAAGGCAGCAUUAUUUUCUACAAAAGCUCACCAGUCGCCUUAACCAGGGAGCGUUGUAUCAGUAUUAUAAGAAUAGAAGAUGUUGUCAGUCAGUCAGUGAUUUGUGCCAAGUCCGGGUUCACUUUUGUGUACAGUUAACCUCCCACUUGUCAAAGUCUGGAUUUCGCUCUUCCGCCAUGUUCGUCCAAUCGGCCAGAGCAGAAAGGCUGAAAUGGCCGUUUUGUCCUGGCAGCGGUGAAGGAGGAGGAGGAGGAGGAGAGAGGAGAGGAACGAGGCGGCGGCGUCUGUUUGAAGGAUGCCGCUCUCCGUCUCGGUUGUUGUCUCCCAGGCUAAGCGGGGGUUAUUAGAAACAGGGCUAUGUGGGGAGACGUCUUAUUGGAAUAGCGACAGGGGAAAUAAAGCGCUUGUUGGUUGGAGAGGGAAGGGUCACGUCCGCAGGUCCACACGGGCAAAACAACAGCCACAGCCGAGAUUGAAGGCAAUACAGCUUUCAUUAUCCUCUCAAAGACCGAACCCAAUACCAAACUUUAUCUGAUCUCAUGGAGGGAGGCAAGCAGACUUUCUUUUCCUAAAUGCAGUACACACAAAUGAGCAGUGCCACAAACAGCCAUAACUACCUGCACGACAGCUGGACAGGAGGAAAAGUCCCGGUCCGAUCAGUGGUAGCGGACCAGUUUUCUGACCAGUGGUUUCCUGACCAUUAUUCACAUCUUCACUUCACUCUCGCGCAGUUUCACGUUAAACUUUUAUCCGCUGAGUGUGGAGGCCACAUAAACCGAGACAUCUUUUAACUGUCCCAAAAACUAUGUUAGUUAAAAAUAAACAAAAAUAAACAAAAAAAUUGCCAAAUCUCUACCGAGUUGCACACAGCCUGAUGUCGCACCGUCUCGUGUGAAGCAUCUUUGUCUUUGUUUUCAAUGUCGAAGCACAAGAGGGUCGUAGACGCAGAGUUUCUGUGGAGCGGCUCACCUCAGGGGCUGUCAUCGCCGAUGCUCGUUGUAAUCUUUCUAUCUUGUCACUGUUCACUUCUCUGUUCUCCUUCUUUCUUAAUUAUCUUAAGUGCUAUUUAUCAAACAAUGAAAUCUGAAAGGAAAAAAAAAAAAGAAAAAAAAAAUUGAACUUGUCGUUUCUUUGCAUUAUGGCUUAUGUCAAGUUUUUUGAGGAAAAAUGUUUUGUGUGUUUCUCUCUUUCCGUGCCGUAAAAAACAGCUUGUUGUCUGUAGAAAUUAUCCAAUUUCUUUUUUUCUUUUUUCUUUUUUUUUGUUGUUUUUCUUUUUCUUUUAAUUCUCAAAAAAAAAAAAAAAAGGUUUUCAGUAGUUUCAAAGUUAUUGUCUUGAGAGAAGCCAAAGUCAAUGCAUUUCAGUGGAUCCUGUAAGCGUGAUGUAUGUUUGUUUGACAACACUUCGAAAAUCUGUCACUGGAUGGGAUUUAAAAAGUACAAAAAAUGCAGGCUUUCCUAUUUCUACAACUGAUUGUACUUAUGCAUUUUGUACCAGUGGAAUUUUUUAUACUGGAGAUUAAAGGAUACAACAAAAAAAAAUCUUAGAAAAAAAGCUGUCUGGCCUGGUGGUGUGGCCUGACCCUGACUGGUCCCCGAGUAUGAUUUCUAGCUGGCAUCGAGAAAGUUGGCUUUUGAUAUAAGAUUUUCUAGAAGAUCUUUGGCUUUAUUUCUUUCACUUCUUUUUCCUCACUUGAGUGUUGUUCUUUCUUUCUACCUUUCUUUCUUAAUUCGUUCUUUCUUUAAUUUUUUUUUCCGAAAAACAGAGGGUAGGUGAGUGUCAGAUCUUUUCAUUUUUGCUUUAUAAAUAGUUCUAGCAAGUUUGUCUAUACAACAGCGGUAAGUUUCAUUUGACUUCUGUAUUGUGCCGUCUACACGAUAAGACAAUUAUAGAAAAAGAAGGAAUAGAAAUAUUUAGUCACCUUCAGUGGAUUAAUGUAUUAGUUUAAUAAAGAGAUCAACUAAUUAGAAAUUUUUUGCUUUUAGCUGUUUAGAUUUUUCCGGUUUCUCUGUCCUUCUCUGUGAACUAACUGUGUAGCUGAAGCAGUCAGAAUUAUUUUUGUAAACGUAUGUUCUUGUGUGAUGCAGUUUUUUGCUUCUGUCUCCUAUAUUAAACCAUUUUUCCUAAUA